CACUGUUGGUUCACCAUAAAAGCCUUGCAAUGCAACUAACUGUUGUUCGAAUUGAUCUACGUGUCUUGGUUGAGUCCAAUGAAUUUGGUAUACUGCGGUUAAUUUUUGCCAAUGUGAUGGUCGAUCAACGGAGGAAUUCAAAGAAAGCCAUAGCAUCCUGCCGAAUCAAUGCCAGGAAAUAUUAAAAUGAGGACGUACGACAUAUUCCAGUAAACCACAUAUGAUCAGCCACGAAAAAGGAAGACCGUAGCAGAUGGAUUGUUCGGUUUGAGAAGUCUUCCAGUUCUAUUUCAAAGCACCUGCUCCGAGAUCCUGAUACAAAGAUCUACAAAUUCAGACGUAAAACAUAACCAAUACUUCUUUUCAAAAUGAAACCUAGAACUCCUCAGCAGUUCUUUGCGCCGAUCCUGUUGAGUGUGCUAUUCUUAGCACUUUUUGGAUUUGCAGUCACUUUAGCGUCGGAAACCAAUGUGGAGGAAAUUAGCAUCGAACGCAGAGCGGGCAACUUGAAGAACCAGACGGAGGCGCGUGAUCACCACAGCGGACAUGGAUAUCACCAACAGGGAUACAACGGUGGGUAUUAUCCAUCCAAGUCGCAUGAUAAGAACAAGCGGCCAAAACCAAGCUACGGAGCACCAAAACCCCAAUACAGUGUGACCCAACCAAAUAAGUCUCAAUAUGGUCCACCCAAGUCCAACUACGAGGCUCCAGCUUAUGGCCAUCCUUCUCCAACUUACAAUCCACCAGCCUAUAGUUCACCUUCCUACAUCCCACCUUCUUACAGUGCCCCUUCUUACAGCCCUCCAUCCUACGCCCCUCCAUCUUACAGUUCUCAAGCCUACAAUCCUCCAGCUCCCGCGUACACAGAAGCCCCAUAUUCUGCGCCUCACGCUAGUUACGAUUCCCCAGCCUACUCUUCGCCCGUUUACCCAGAAGCACCUGCUUAUUCACCACCAGUUUAUUCAGCACCAGCUUACUCUCCCCCAGCAUACAGCGAGCCAUCUUAUCCUCAACAAUAUUCUGAGCCGGAAUACCCUUACAAAAGCAUAUCGGAAUCAAACAAACCUGGCAGUCAGGGAGCCUCCAAUAACGACAACGGCUUUGUUAAUUUCGAGGAUUUCUUUAAGCAAACCAUAAAAUUUCGACAAUUUUAAAUUGAAGUUGGGAAACGAUUGUUACGAAUUAUCCGAAUCUUCAGAAUGAAGAGCCAGUUUUUGUUUGAGAACUUGACUGAGAAAAUGAGGUCAGUCUUAUAUAAUCAUCUUUCGUUACUGUUGCUUCUAAUGAUACUAGUUCCGCUUCUAGACUACUAGUUUGCUUUUUUGUUCUCGCUAUUCUGUACGUUUUUGUUUAUUGAAUAGACAAAAGUACAUUAAACAUCCAACCUCGA